AUUUGUAGGUGUGGCAGCACUGGCAGUAGUACUAGUACAUAGUGGUAGGCCGCGCAGCCGUUUUUCGAAACUUACUAGAAGACAGGUACAAGGCAAUAGAGCUUGAGCUGGGCGGGUCUGUUACCGUGGAUUGUAGGUUGUAGUGAGGUGUUGGUGUGCAUGCCGGUUGGAUUGGAGCACAGGUUAUUUAGGAAUUAUAUAGCAUUCUACUGUUUACCAAGUGAUAAAUAAUCUUUGCAUAUAAUUUCUUAGCCUUUGUUUUGUCAAAAUUUAAGAUUUAUACGUGAAAGUUAACUGCGGAAUGUUAACCUAAUAGAUUUUAAAGCUGUCAACCAAAACAUUUCCAGUAGAAAGUUUAUUACAUUAUUUCCAUUAAAAGUAAGCUGUAUUACUGUUGUUACAAAGAUGAAAAGCUACUAUGAUGAUUUAACUCUUCGAAAUUAUUCCUAUUUAUUCAAUUUUGAAGAAGAAUUCAAGCACCUUGACUCAAGAGUAUGGAUGAUAAACCACUGGACGUAUGGAUUUUUAUACUGUGCAAUAUAUAUGAUACUUAUAUUUGGAGGUCAAUACUAUAUGCAAGGAAGACCUAGAUUCCAACUUCGUGGAGUUCUCUCAGUGUGGAAUACAAUGCUAGCCAUUUUCAGUAUAGUUGGUGCCUGCAGAACUGCCCCUGAACUGAUUCAUGUUUUGAAGAACUAUGGUCUUUAUCACUCAAUCUGUGUUCCAAGCUUCAUUGAACACGACAGAGUGGCUGGAUGUUGGUCGUUCCUGUUUGUACUCUCCAAACUACCCGAGCUUGGAGAUACCAUAUUCAUCGUUCUGCGCAAACAGCCCCUGAUAUUUCUCCACUGGUACCAUCAUAUCACCGUCCUGCUCUAUUCCUGGUUCUCGUAUACAGAGUACACCUCGUCAGCUCGUUGGUACAUCGUCAUGAACUACUGUGUGCAUUCCAUCAUGUACUCGUACUACGCCCUGCGUUCCAUGGGCUACCACCCCUGGAUGAAGAUCGCGAUGUUGAUCACGUCCUGCCAGCUCACCCAGAUGAUAGUCGGUUGUGCCGUCAACAUCUGGGCAGCUCAGUACUUGCAGGAGGGCAAACAGGAUUGUCACAUCUCCUGGUUCAACAUCAAGCUUUCACUUGCCAUGUACUUCAGCUACUUCGUUCUGUUUGCCCGGUUCUUCUACAAGGCCUACGUGAGUCCCAGCCGGGGCAAGACGAAGGCUGUCGGAGACAUCCCCGGCAACUACACCAGCAACAGCGCCAAAGUAAAGUCUCACUAAGGGACCCGCCAGCACGUAUCGUGUGCACACUAAACGAGUGUAACGUACAUUUGACAGUGGAAAAUUUUUGAUAGGCCUAUUGUAAAUUUAUGUAUGCUAGUCAUUACGAUUAACAGUUCCAUGUAUACUGCGCUAGAUCACCUAUCUGUACAAUGCGGCGGUCACACACAGCACAAGAACACCAUUAACUACGUGUUCCUAAGGUCAGAAUUUUGUUUAUCGGUUAAAUCUUCGUGCGAUUCAGAUAUAGAAUUUUUUACAUGUUAGCUUGAGGAUUAAUGAACCCGGGAGAUGCCAUCUACACUUUAAUUUGAUUAUUUCUUAAGGUAUUUAAUUUUAAUGUCAUACUUGUUACACUUCUUUGGGCCUUACUGUGAUUUAAUUGUGUUAUUUAUUCUAGUUUUGUAUGUUUUGAUGCACCUCAUAAAAGCACAAUUUAUUUAUUAUGAGACAGUUUAUUAAUGAAGAUCUUUCCUCAUCAAGUACUACAGAUCCUUAUUAGACAUUUUUCCUGUUAGUUGAUUAUUAUUUACCUCAGUUUAGUCUUUUUCAAAGUAGAAUAUUGAAUACAAAACUUUCCCAGGUGUUAGUUCAUUUUCGUUUAUUAAUUUAUAGAGCUCCUUCUAUUUCUUUGGGGAAAAUGAGUAAUUAAGUUAUAAACUAAGUUUUACACAUUAUUAAUCGAUAAAAAUUUGUCACGUUAUUAGAGAUAGAGAUUAACCAAUAUUGAUCAUCAAGUUAUGAUUUUAAUUGUACUUUUUAAGUGAUUUUCAUGUCAUACAAGUACAAUUUAAUUUAUAUAAAUAUUCAUUCUAACUGAAAAAUAAAAUCAAUACAACAGUAGAGUCUCAUACCCUCCUUAUGAAUAGAAACGAUUAAGUUCCCAUAGAUUUAGUUAAAUAAUUAAUAAUGUUCAAUUUAAGCUAUUUAUUUUUAUAUAGAGCUUUUAGCAUUCUCGAUUAAGGUUUAAAAACAUAAAGUGAAAUUACUUCCACGUGAAUUAAUGUAAACUUUAACAAUGGAAAUAUGAGUAGUAUAGUGUUACAAAGUUUAAACCAAUAUCUCAACAUUGGUAUUGCAUUUAGUAUUGAAGACUUUUAGUACUGAAAAACAUCUUUUAUAAAUGUCAAGAAAUUUAUAUUUGAUUUUGUUAGUUAUUAUUUAUUCUGAAAUUUAAUCUAAUACUUAUCAGCUAUAAAUAUAUAAAAUAUAUUGUUAAUGAAAAAAUAUAAUAAUUAAGAUUUGUAUAAAAGUACAAACAAGCCACUGUACAAAAAUAGUAUAUACUGUGAGAAAUAGUUGUGUUCAGAAAAGUUACUAUAUGUUAAUUAUUAUGUACCGUUUGAAAAACACUGUGAAAAUCUGUUUCAAAAACAUUCUAUCGUAAAAAUACUACGAGCAUUUGGUUACAACUUGAUUUCUUCAUGUAUCAAUCAGGUGUUUAAAUUUUAUUUCAUAUAACGUAUAGCAUACGAUUUGUGUUCUUUUAUUUAUUGGAAUACAGGUUAAACAGUGAGUUUUUUUUUAUUUGAGUUUGUGGUUUCCACAGUAAUUUUGUACAGGUAAUAAUAUGCUCAAAAUGUAUUUAGAGAUGCUAGGUUAGAAACGUUGAAAUAGAUUUAAAAGAAUCAUUCCCUCAGAAAUGUAAUAGAAAAUUACUCUAAAGCAAGUUAUGAAACUUAUUCUGAUGUGUUCGGUGUUAUUUGGGGUGGAGAAAGCACGUAAAUGUGACACUGAUAAUUUUGUAUUAAUGUAAUUCCAAAUACUAUAUACAGUUUGUAAGAGUUUUCAAUUGUAAGGUACAAUAUAAUGUUUUUACUAAGCUCCUAUACAGCAUAAAUUGUGAUUUUACUAUUGUUUGAUGAAAUAAAUUUUUUCACAUUCA